UGUUUUUGUGCCCCGAGAGAAUAAAACUAUAAAUAGUGCAUGAGAGGAUGGGUGGUGGGUUCAGAUCUCUGCCUGAAGUCUGAUUCUCUUUAGAUGAUUUUUGGUUGGAGGUUUUUAAAGAAACAUUAUACUGCCAAUGAAAAGGAGCUUUGGACUGUUCUGGGAUUAACAGAAAAGAUUUAAGCAACAACAACAACUUCCUGCUUCUGUGUAGAAACACCAUGGCAGAGUCCCAGUAUUCUUCUCAGAAUGAAGACAACUCAAGAGAAGAGCGAUUAAAUGAAAUCAGAGAAAAGAGCAGAUCAAAAGAAGGAUUCAUCACCAGAUAUAUUCUGAACACCAGGACUGUAACAGCUGGUGAAAGACUGAAGAGAGUGGUAUUUGGAAAAAAGGACGAGAACAAACCUCACAAAACCAUAUUAAUUGUUGGAGAAACAGGAACAGGAAAGUCAACUAUCAUCAAUGCCAUGGUCACCUACAUGCUGGGUGUUGGUAGUGAAGACAGAAGUUGGUGUGAGAUCAUAGAAACAAAAGAAAACCAAACUGGUUCUCAGACAAAUGCAGUCACAGUGUAUGACGUGUUUACUAAACACAGCCCGUUCUCUCUGACCAUCAUCGACACGCCUGGGUUUGGAAGCACAGAAGGUAUAAAGGAGGAUAUAAAAAUUGCUGAGAGUUUACACGAGUUAUUUAGAUCUGAAGAUGGAGUUAGUGAAACUGAUGCAGUGUGUUUUAUAGUGACAUCACUCACCUCUCGACUCACUGAACGACAGCUGUAUGUUUUUAAUGCAGUUCUCUCUUUAUUCGGCCGCGACGUGGAGGAACACAUUGUUGUGUUCAUCACACAUGCCUCCAGAAAGCCUAAUAAUGCUAUUAAGGCCAUCAAGGAGUCGAAAAUCCCGUGUGCUCAGGAUGAUAGAGGAGAGCCUGUGUAUUUCAGGUUCGACAACUGUCACUGUGAAGACUUUAAUGAUGAGGGAUUAUUAGGUGACUAUCAAGCAUCAUGGGAUCUGUUAAAGACAACCAUGGAGAACUUUCUGACCUUUCUGAACGAAAUUAAACCCAUAAGCAUGAAGUUGACUGUAGCAGUGCUGAGAAGCCGCAAACAACUGACAUCAUCCGUCUCCAAUUUAAAGGACAAAAUAGAAUACAACGAACUAAAGCAAAGGGAACUUGAGCAGACAAAAGAGGCUUUACAGAAACAUGAGAGAGAAAAAAGAGACAAUAAUAACUUUGAAUGUAUAGUGGAUGAGGCUUACAAAGAAAAGGUAGCUAUAGAAUCUAAGUGGUGGCACUUCGGAAGCAAAGAGGCUACUUGCUGUACAGUCUGUGAGGAGAACUGCCAUUACCCAGGAUGCUGGUGGGUAAGAGAUCUUUUCUGGUGUAGUGUCAUGUCUGGGGGGAACUGCACAGUGUGUACUGGAAGGUGUCACUACACUAAACAUGUUAAAGAGGGGAAAAUCUAUCAGGGAAAAACAAGGAAGGUCAAGAAGACUGAGGAAGAUCUGAAACAGAAAUACGAGACAAAGUCUGAAGAGACAAAGAGUUUGAUAAGUCGACUGGAGGAUGAAAUUGCAGAACAAGAAAAAGCAAAGAUCAGACUGGUGGAAGAAUGUUAUCAGUGUGUAGUUAAACUGGAGGAGAUCGCCUUAAAGGCUGACUCUGUGUAUACACUGCACCAUCUGGACUUUUUGAUCGAGAAAGUGAAGGAAACAGGAAACAUAGAUCGAGUGCAGAGACUUGAAGAGAUUAAAAAAAGAGCUGAUGAUCAACAGUUGGCACAGGCAAGAAAAUGGUUCAGUGCAGUGGGUCGCUAAUAAAUGCAUAGUUGUGAAAAACAGACGUUUAUAUGAGUAAAUAAAGUAGAAUUGUCGGUUAUUGUUCAUUUUAAUCAUCAUUAUUCUUAUCAGGGUCUAAAGGUAAUCUAAAUAAUGUGAACUAAAGAACUAUUGUUGCUAAAGGAGGUUCUACAUGUUAUUGAAUUAUAGAGUGCACUUAUAGAUUGUAUUUGCACAACAAAACAAAUAAAAAACAAACGGGGGGAAACAGGAGUCAGUGUUUGUGACAGAACUAUAAGAAAUCGUCUGAAGGAAAUGGAUUUGCGUAUGGAAAACCCAAUGAAAACCAGCACUGACGCCUAAACAGAAGAAAACAAGGUUACAGUGGGCUAAAGAGAAGCGGUCAUGGAGUGGAUGAUUGGAUGAAAGUGAUGUUCAGUGAUGAAGCACAAAUCUGCACUGGCCAAGGAGACGAUGCUGGAACUGUUGUCGUUCCGGACACUUUUCUCAUUCGAUUGUUGGAAAAUGAAGUGAUUGUUCAGGAUGAUAAUGCAUCUCACCACAGAGCAAAGAGUGUUAAAGCUUUUCUUCAGGAAAGGCAGAUCAACUCCAUGACGUGGCCAGCACACACGGGAAAAUGGGCCUGUGUAUGCCCGUGUAGAUAUUCCAUUAAAAAUCAGCUGGAAUAGUCUUUUAAAACAUUAACAAUGUCUAGACUGUAUUUCUGAUUCUUUUUUUUAAAAAAAAUAAUUCAUUAUUUUUGUUUGGUUUGCUUUAAAUUUCAUCAUUUUAACUGUAAUUGCUUGCAAAAACCUCCUGUGGUCAGUGGGGCCUCAGGACGAAUAAGCUUGGCUGUUUAUUUUAUAUUGUUGUUGUUGUUGUUGUUGUUGUUGUUGUUGUGUUUGAGCAAUCUAAUGUUGAGGGUGGUAUCUAUGUUAGUAAUGUCUAGUGUAAUGUGAGUGUAAAAUUUUUUAAAUAAAUAAAUAAUCCACAAAGUCAA